UCUGCAGUUCAAAGCACUCACGCGUCCUGGGGAUUGUACUUGGAGACCAAGAGAAGAGAGAGAGGAGCACUUUACCGUUUCAUCCUGCAGAGUUUAAGGUAAACUCUGAACAGGCUGGCUUGUGUGUGUUUUUUUUUUGCCCUUUUCAAGUGCGGACCCGCUUGCAGAAAACGCACUCACCCUAGGAGUCUGUGUGAAACUUCGUGCGUAAAGACGAACCGGUUUUACGCACCGGAGCAAAAGAGAGUUUUUCUUCUCUCAGCUGAAAGACUUUGCAUCAAACUCAUCCUGGCAAGGUGAAGUCCAUUUAGUGACUUUUUUUUCCUCUGGCGAGAAAAGCAGAAAUAACUCCCCCAACUACCCGUUUCACGCGUAAUUUGGCACCAAACCCGGUUGUUCGUAUGAAUCUCCUCGACCCUUACCUGAAGAUGACGGAGGAACAAGACAAGUGUCUCUCCGACGUCCCGAGCCCGACCAUGUCCGAGGACUCCGCGGGCUCCCCGUGCCCGUCCGGCUCGGGCUCCGACACCGAGAACACCCGGCCGUCGGAGAACGGGCUGCUGCUCGGCGUGGACGUGGAAGUGGACGGGGACUUCAAGAAGGAAGACGACGACAAGUUCCCAGCGUGCAUCCGCGAGGCCGUGUCGCAGGUGCUCAAGGGCUACGACUGGACCCUCGUGCCCAUGCCGGUGCGCGUGAACGGAUCUUCAAAGAACAAGCCGCACGUGAAGAGACCGAUGAACGCCUUCAUGGUGUGGGCGCAGGCUGCGCGGAGGAAGCUGGCGGAUCAAUACCCGCACCUGCACAACGCAGAGCUCAGCAAGACUCUGGGCAAACUCUGGAGACUUCUCAACGAGGGUGAGAAGCGGCCGUUCGUGGAGGAGGCGGAGCGGCUCCGGGUGCAGCACAAGAAGGAUCACCCGGACUACAAGUACCAGCCCCGGCGGAGGAAGUCGGUGAAGAACGGGCAGAGCGAGUCGGAGGACGGCAGCGAGCAGACGCACAUCUCACCAAACGCCAUCUUCAAAGCUCUGCAGCAGGCGGACUCUCCGGCCUCCAGCAUGGGAGAGGUGCACUCUCCUAGUGAGCACUCAGGCUCCCAGGGGCCCCCUACUCCCCCCACCACUCCAAAGACUGAUGUGAGCUCAGGCAAGAUGGACCUAAAGCGUGAAGGUGGCCUCCGCUCCCUGACCGAGGGCCCCGGCGGGCGCCAGCUCAACAUCGACUUCCGCGACGUGGACAUCGGCGAGCUCAGCAGCGAUGUCAUCUCCCACAUCGAGACCUUCGACGUCAACGAGUUCGACCAGUACCUCCCGCCCAACGGGCACCCCGGCUCCGCUAGCAACGCCACAGCGGUCGCCUACACCGGCAGCUACAGCAUCAGCAGCAGUGGCGGCGCUCCAGUCAGCCCGCAGGCGGGAGCCGCCGCAGCCUGGUUGGCGAAAAGCCAGAACCAGCAGGGACAGCAGCACGGUCUGACCCCUCUGGGGAGCGGCGGCACCGAGGCGGCUCAGAACCAGCACAGAACCCAGAUCAAGACGGAGCAGCUGAGCCCGAGCCACUACACCGAGCAGCAGGGCUCCCCGCAGCACGUCGCCUACAGCCCCUUCAACCUGCAGCACUACAGCCCCCCCUCCUCCUCCUACCCGGCCAUCUCCAGGGCGCAGCAGUACGACUACUCCCCCGACCACCAGGGGGGUGGGGCCGCCGCCGUCGCCAACGCAGCCGCGUCCUACUACAGCCACGCGGGGGCGGGGCAGGCCUCGGGGCUCUACUCGACUUUCAGCUACAUGGGCAGCCCCAGCCAGAGGCCCAUGUACACGCCCAUCGCCGACAACUCGGGGGUGCCCUCCAUCCCUCAGAGCAGCCCCGGGCACUGGGACCAGGCUCCGGUUUACACCCAGCUCACCAGACCCUGAGAGACAACACAGACAUGUACAGCCACACACAUAUCUGACAUACAGAACACUUUACCGCAGGGAGAGUUCCGCUCCCUGACUCAGACACUUGAAUACGAAGAAGAAGAAGAGGAGCUGGACUUGUGAUUGGCUCACGUCGUGCCUUGCUAUUGAUAGAAACUAUAUAUAUAUUUUUAGAGAGAUGAAGAGACUUAGGAAAAAUCCUCUGUGAGGACUUAUUGAUUGUUGAUAUUCCAGUAGGUACUGUGUAUGUUUCUUUUUGUUUUUGGUUUAUUCCUUCAUACGCUGGCAGUUUGUAACCCAUGGGGUGGGGGUGGGAGGGUUAAUUAUUUGUACCUGUAGAUAUAAAACAAAAAGCUUUAUAUUUGAAACAGUUCAGCAGCUAACCACUCACGGUGGCGCCGUUAUCUGCUUCGAUUUCAUACAAGGAUUUCUGUUUUAUUUGUUAUGUUUUGCUUGGUACCAUUCAGCGAGUAUGGUUUGUAUUUAAGCUGUUGAUUUGUUUCCUCGAGUUAUGUGUCAUAAUCAUCCAUCUGAAAAGCUAUUAGGCAAUACAGAGAAAGAGAGAGGCGGCUUGGUUUCACAACUGUCUCGACGGAGGGAGACUGCAGCCCUUUCCACCAUCCGUGCCUUGGAUUUUUUACACUUUUUGUAUGCGUGCAUGUGUGUGUAUGUGUGUGUGUGUGUGUGUGUGUGUGUGUGUGUGUGUUUGCAACGGCCACAGCUGAGAUUACACUUACCGUCCAACAGCGAGUGUUUGACAGCUACAGGAAGUCACCUUUGACCCCUUCAACCUCCCCCCCCCCCGGUGCAGUCUCCCACCAUGCUGGUGUCCAAAACACUCCCUUAACCUUCAGUUUAUUUAUUUAUUAGCUUUAAUUUUAUUUCAAAGUAAUUAUUUUGCAUACUAUUCUUAUAACUAAUGAAUUUUGCAAAUGUAGACGGCAUAUAAUUUCCCCUUUUUUUGGAAUUUUUUAUUUUAAACCCAGGGGGUACUUAGAAAAAAAUGGUACACGCUGUAAUCGUAUGUUUUUAUUUUUUAUUUAUCUUAUCUAAAUGUCUAUUUUAAUUAUGUAUUUGCCUUUUUUUCUGAGGGGUCGGGAGGGGGGGAGGGGGCUAUCUAACGAAUUGUGUAUUUUUUAUUUGUGAAUUUUCUUUUGAGUUGGACUUUUUAAACUAUGGCGGAAAGAACUGGAAAAUGUUAUCUCAGUUACAAGGUUUUAUUUUUUCUGUUGGGCUUUUUUUCGUUCGUGCGAUCACCAGAGGGACCGUCGAACCUUUCUGCUCCACGAGCUCCAUUUCCUUUUUCUCUCAAUAUCAAAGAACUGAUGUUCCCAAUACUCUUGUUUUUCUUCUUCUGUGAUCUUGCCAUGUAUUUGUACUGUCUUUAAAGAAACCUUUUGUAUAUGUAUUUGCAAUAAAAAAAUGAAAAUGCUAUUAAAAACAAA